AUGUUAUCUAUUGCAUGGAUUAUUUUAGUAAGUAGCUCUUUGUGCAACUGCCUAGACAAUGGCCUUGCAAGAACCCCACCGAUGGGAUGGCUUUCCUGGGAAAGAUUUCGAUGCAAUACCGAUUGUGUCAAUGAUCCAGAUAAUUGUAUAAGCGAACAACUAUUUCAAACCAUGACUGAUAUAGUAGUCGCUGAUGGAUACGCAUCAGUGGGGUACGAAUAUAUUAAUAUUGAUGACUGCUGGCUGGAAAAACAUCGAGCCCAUGAUGGCAAAUUGGUGGCAGAUCGGAAACGUUUUCCCAAUGGAAUGAAAGCUUUAUCAGACUAUAUUCAUUCUAGAGGACUGAAAUUCGGCAUUUACGAGGACUAUGGGAAUUAUACGUGCGCAGGAUAUCCUGGCAUUAUUGGUUAUGAGGAAAAGGACGCCGAUUUGUUUGCUGACUGGAAUGUGGACUACGUAAAGUUAGAUGGUUGCUAUGCGCUGCCCUACAAUAUGGACAGGGGGUAUACGAACUUUGGAAGACUCCUAAAUGCGACCGGAAAACAAAUGGUAUACUCCUGCAGCUGGCCAGUUUAUCAAAUAUAUGCUGGAAUCCAGCCUAAUUAUUCGGCAAUACAAUCCCAUUGCAACUUGUGGAGAAAUUACGAUGAUAUACAGGACUCGUGGGCGUCUGUCGAAAAUAUUAUCGAUUAUUAUGGCAAUAAUCAGGACUUGAUAGCUCCUAAUGCUGGUCCUGGCCAUUGGAACGAUCCAGAUAUGUUAAUUAUUGGAAACUUUGGUUUAAGCUAUGAACAAGCAAAAACCCAAUUCGCCAUUUGGUCCAUCUUGGCUGCUCCACUUUUGAUGUCUGUGGAUUUGCGAACGAUUCGUCCGCAAUUUAAGCAUAUCCUGCAAAAUAGAAAAAUAAUUGCCGUGGAUCAGGAUCCGCUUGGUAUACAGGGAAGACGGAUUUAUAAGCACAAGGGAAUUGAGAUUUGGUCGAGACCUAUCGGACCGCUAUACCAAAACUUUUACUCCUACGCAAUCGCCUUUGUGAAUCGAAGAACCGACGGAACGCCUUCAGAUAUAUCCGUAACCUUGAAAGAGCUCGGGCUAAUCAAUUUCUCUGGAUACAGAGUUGAGGACCUUUACGAGAAUGUCGAUUACGGAGUUUUGUAUCCCAAUACCAAAAUCAAAGUAAAAGUGAAUCCUUCUGGAGUGGUCAUGUUGAAAGGAGAAGUACAGUUUCCAGUCGAAUUGUAAUAUAAUUUG